UUGUGAUUGAUAACAGACAAGAAGUUAUCGAGUACAUUAAUGCCAAAGUGUUCCUCUUAACAGGACUGCUAAAAUUAACAUGUUCAGUUUCUAUGCAUUUACCCUGUAAUCACGAGUAAAUCACAUUAUUGACGACAGAACUGAAGAAUAGUAAUGAUUAAUGGCUUUUUAGAGGAAGAGGAGUGGCAGAUGAUUCAUCGCAACGGUUAAAAGAGUGAGUCAGGAGACGUUUGUCCCCUAGAUACUCAAAAUCAACAAUUUCUGAUGGUUUUGGAGAGUAGACCGCACCAAGUCCGAGAAAUCUAUUGAUUUCAACCUUUAUGGAUUUGUAAAUAAAUUUGCUUUUUUCAAAUUACGGAAAGCUAAAGACAAAAUAAUAUGUCCAUUGUGCCGUGUUACCUCUGGUAGGAUGAUCAAAAGUCAAGAGCAAGAUGAAUUCAUUGCAGUGAGAGUUCAGGAUCCUCGUGUUCAGAACGAAGGGUCGUGGAACUCAUAUGUGGACUUCAAAAUUUUCCUUCAUACAAACAGUAAAGCAUUCACUGCCAAAACAUCCUGUGUGAGGCGAAGAUACAGCGAGUUUGUGUGGUUGAAGAAAAAGCUACAAAAGAACACUGGUCUCGUGCCUGUUCCUGAUCUUCCCAAAAAGUCUAUCUUCUCAUUUAUUAACGAUGACUUCAUUGAAAGAAGGAGAAAAGGUCUUCAGAGCUUCUUGGAUAGGGUGCUGCACAUGACGGUAUGCCUGUCAGAUAGCCAACUCCAUCUUUUCCUGCAGACUCAGCUUCCUGUCAAGCACAUUGAGGACUGUGUGCAGGGUCACACCCCUUACACUGUGACAGAGGCCAUUCUGAAUUAUGCUUCCUCCAACCUCGGCUGGGUCCAGGAGGAAGAGGGCGGGGCCCAAGAAUUAUGGCCCACCCCUGUUCCAUAUGAAUCUGUAGAGAGCCCAGCUCCACACCUCCCUUCAUUACAGAGUCCAGGAGCCACAUUCAGUGGACCUCCAAAUGAACUUACAGACGUUUCAGACGCCGAGUCAAGACUGAGUGAUACAGACCAAACUGCACAUGACCUGAAGCAGGUUAUUGUCCAUGAACAGCUGCCUCAGGAGGGAAAGAGUUGCAUUAAACUAGUAGUUGAAGUCCAUCCGAACCUUGUUGGUUCUGUAGAUACUGAGGAAGAGGGUGGAAUCAUUGGAUCAAAUGAGGUCACCAAAGAUCUACAAGGGUAUGAUUGUGAAUAUCCUGCUCCACAGAUAGACGGACACCUUGAAGACAAGCCUUGGCAAAAAGAUACAAGCAAUGAAGAGGAUCUUGAUCAAGAAAUGUCUGCUGGCGAAGAUGUUGUUGACAUUACCUCAGUAGAUGGAGUCAUUGAGGAAAAGACUCUUGGUGUUCUCAAUGAGGCAAAGAAGGGAGGUCAAGACGUUGGACUUGAACAGGACAGCACUGAGAGACAAACCCCUAAAAACGACCUUUAUGAAGAAGAUCCAAGAGUAAGGAUCCAUAAUAAUGAAGUAACUCUGGAUCUCAGUGCUGUCAAUGAAGACAGUGCUGAGAAUCACAGAGAGACCGUACUAGAAAGUGCAGCUAUUACUGUAGAUGUUGCACUCCAUGAUGUUGCUUGUGAGGAGAACAUGCCAGAUACUAAAGAUCAUGAUAAACCAGAGAUAACGGAGAACCAUACAGUCCAAGAGAAUGGACUCAGUGAUGAAGACUACAGCGAAGAUGCUGCUGUCCAGGAAGAGGCCAUGAAUGUGAAUGAGGAGCAUGUUGGUGAAGUGAACAAGCUCAAUGCAAAAUGUCAUCAGCCUAGCAGUGGCAUUUUGAUACUUGAGGGAAUUGAGGAAGCAGUGAGCACACAAACCGCCUCCGUGACAGAGAACGUCAGCAACCUUGAUGCAAAUACUGCUGAUGACAACAUGUUUAUUUUAAAAGCCAUAGAGACUGAUUCAAAGCAAUGUCAGGAGAUGGACAGUCAUAUGAUCAUCACUACCCACCAACCAGAUACUAACUAAUUCUUAUGGGAAUUAUUACAGUCAUAGACUGGACCUAUAGUGUUCAAAGAGCCCGUUCUUUCUCAGUCAACAUACAAGACUGUUCUCUCAAAAUGAGUGAGUGAAUGUAAUUAGAAACGGAAGAACACAUCACGUUUUUCUGCAUUGAUCCACAGUUGAUGUUGCAGACUGUUUACAGAAGAUACACUGAAUGAUUAGACAGGCUGUUUUUCCCAACAAACAAUGUGAACAAACAGAGAUAAUGCACUUACUAAUGUGCCAUUCAGGAUUGUGAGCAAAUUGCACAUGCAACACAUAAUUCUGAAUCCAUGGUAGCGGGUGUGAAAGGGAACUGUAUAAAGAGCAGCAUACAUCACUAUGGCACCUUGAUUCUAAUUUUCAUCAGAGAUUUUUGUGGUUGUAUGAUUUUUUUUUGCUACUUUAUCAUCGACCAAGAUGAAGAUCUAUUGUAGCAUUUUCAAAACCCAAUUUUGAUUGACUUGUCACUUUCUAAAGCACUUCCCUUUUUUCACCAAUGGUAAAAACAUGUUUGCUCAGCUGGAACUUUGGGUACUUUAAGGGAAAGUUCGCCCAAAAAUGAAAAUUCUGUCAUCAUUUACUCACCCUCAUGUUGUUCCAAACCUGAAGGACUUCCUUCGGUGAAACACAAGAAGAUAUUUGGAAAAAUGUCUGUUUUUCUGUCCAAUGUUGUUUUGGACCCCAUUGAAAUUUAUUGUAUAAACAAAACAAAAAAACAGUAUUUCAAAAUAUCUUCUUUUGUGUUUCACUGAAUAGAGAAAGUCAUAGAGGUUUUGGAACUCCAUCAGGGUGAGUAAAUGAUGACAGAAUUAGCUACUAUCAGUUUGGAAUCAGUGUGGUUGUUCAGAGUGUUUAUUAUUUCAGGGUCUUUGGUAUUUAAUUUCCUUGUUGCUUAAUUUAUGGUCAGAACACUAAUUUCCAUACAAAAACUUUAUGAGCUAAGAAAAAAACCCAGAUACAUAUAAAUUACAGUGCACCUUGUUUGCAAUGAAAAUGUAUUUUAUUUUCCUCUUCCUAACUUAACGUUACACAAGGUUGUUAGUACACUGCUCAUUGACUGUUUGUCUGUAUUCUGCUGUGAUGUUACAAUGGCUGCCUAUAAUGCUAAUAUGGGAACAGAAAUGUACUCAAAAGGGACUUAUUGUUGAUUAACAGGAAAGAGAACUUCUUUAUUUCCUUAAAUAAGGUAAUCUCUUAUCACACACAGGUGUUUUUUGCAAAUCAGCACAGUACGAUUAGGAACGCACAAUAGCAUUAACAAAAAAAAAAAUGAAGCUAAGUUAUAAUUUUAUGUUUUAAAGGAUUUUUAAGUUACAGUUUUUAACAGUUUGAAUUUUUACAUUUUAUUCAUAGUUGUGAAGAGUGUAAGAACAUCUCAAUCGACCUCACGCCACGUGGAAUGUGGUUUUACAUUCAUUUGAAGAGCCACCACACCUGUCAGUCUUGACUACAUUUUACAGAUGCUCAACACUGUAUGUUUGGAUUGUGUUUACUAACAGCAAACCAAUAAAGAAAAUGUGGCUAAAAUGAAA